CUCCCCGCGACUGCUCCUGGGCUUGGUUGGCUAUCGGGGUGUGCGGGGCGGCGUCUCCCCGGUAAGCCCUUCCCCCCGGGCUGACCGCCGCCCCUGGCCUCCAGCCACACCGCACGGACCUCCGCUGCCAGUCAACUGGAUCCACGGCACCGCUUCCCUCGGGCGUCUCCCCGCGCUGGGAUGUGCAGCCCCAGGGGUCCGCAGCGCCCAAGACAGGCCCGCAGCAACCAUCUGCGGCAUGGGCCAACGAGGCUGAGCGACGCGGGCUACAGGCAGGAUGUUGUGCGGCCAGAACCCGCGAGGGUAGCCCCGGACCCCAGGGCUCCGCGGUCCGGAACCCGCGGGAGGGUCCCUGGACCCGGACGGAGCGGAACGCGAGCGGACCGGCUGCUCAGGCUCUCCCGGCCGCUUCCGGUGUCUCGCCGCGUCCGCCUCUUCCGGCGCGGCGCCGCGGAUCUGGUAGGCGCGGAGCAGGGAGUAGGGGCGCCGCGGAGGCCGCGGGCGGUGGGGAGGACGGCCCUUUCCAGGUCCGGGCCGGGGCAUGAGGGUCUCGGACCUGAGCCAGGGAGGAGCCUUGAGGUGGGGAAACCCUGAGCCGCUCUCCCGCAGCCAUGGAGCAGGACGACCCGGCCGAGGCGUUGACGGAGCUGCGCGAGCGGCGGCUAGGCGCGUUGGAGCUGCUGCAGGUGGCGGCGGGCUCGGGCCUGGUCACCUACGCCGUGUGGGCGCUGCUGCUGCAGCCGGGCUUCCGCCGCGUGCCGCUGCGGCUGCAGGUGCCUUAUGUUGGCGCGAGUGCCAGGCAGGUGGAGCACGUGUUGUCGUUGCUGCGAGGCCGUCCAGGAAAGAUGGUGGAUCUGGGCUCUGGCGACGGCAGGAUUGUGCUGGCUGCCCACAAGUGCGGUCUCCGCCCAGCUGUGGGCUAUGAGCUAAACCCGUGGCUGGUGGGGCUGGCGUGGCUGCAUGCCUGGAGGGCAGGAUGUGCGGGCAAUGUCAGCUACCGCCGUGAGAACCUCUGGAAGGUGAGCCUGAGGGACUGCCACAAUGUGUCUGUGUUCCUGGCUCCUAGCGUGCUUCCACUGCUGGAGGACAAGCUACAGGCAGAGUUGCCUGCAGGAGCCCGAGUGGUGUCUGGGCGCUUCCCCCUCCCCACCUGGCAACCUGUGGCUGUACUGGGUGAGGGCCUGGACCGCGUCUGGGCCUAUGAUGUCCACAGUGGUGGGCCAGCUGGGCAGGCUGUCCCAGGGCCUAGUUCUGCCUCCGUACCUGGAGCCCCCAAUUCUCAGGUUGGCUGAGUGGACACAAUAAAGACUCAGUGGGUUCCA